AUGAGAUUCUCCCAUUUUUUAAAAUAUAACGCUGUCCCAGAGUGGCAAAGUCAUUAUGUUGACUAUAACGCUUUAAAAGAUUUGAUUUAUACUUUACAAACUGAUGAAUUGAAACUAAAUCAUAAUAAUGACGAUGACGAUGAUGAUGCCACUGGCGGAUCAUCUUCAAGAUUUGGUAAAAAAUUGAAAAAUAAAUUAUUCCAUAAUAAUAAAUCAACCAUUACCGGGAAAUCUACAAACAACAAUGUUAACUCUGACGGUAAACUCGCUGUUGGUGACAUGAUUCAUGAAGAAACUUUUGAAUUAAGUGAUAUACCGCAUCAUCAAAACGAUUCUUCAUUAUCACAACAGCAAAAUAAUAAGAAUAAUAAUAAUACCCACACAACUACACCUUCAAAAUUCUCUGCUUUGAAAAGAGUUCAUGGUAAACUUUUCGAUUCACGUAGAUCUUCUAGUUCAAGUGAUGAUGAUAAAACAAUAAUAAACACAUAUGAUACUUUCUUAAAUAAUUUAACAGUGGAAAAAUUGAAAGUUGAUGAUUUUUAUAAGAGAACUGAAGCUAAAUUUUAUGAACGAUUUGAAGCUUUAAUUAAGGAUUUAGAAAUGGAAGGUAUUUCUGCGGAUACCCUAAGUCUCAAUUUUUUCCCAGAAGAAGCUAAUGAAAUUCCCUCCAACUCAGAAACAAAUGAUUUACAAGAUCCAAUUUCAGGUAGUAAAACUUUCAAUGUUUUGAAAACUUUUGGUGAACAGACACAGAUUAAUAAUGAGAAUGAGCUGGAAUUAGAUGGAACGGGAAACAAUAAUAAUGAAAACGAAGAUGAAGAUGAUGAAGAUGAUAUCGAUGACUAUGAUUAUGGUGAAUUUGACGAGGCUCAAGAUCAUACUGCAUUAUUAAAUUAUUCUCAAGUUAAUAUUAAAUCACAAAAGAAUUCAUUAUUAAAACAAUCAAUCAUAAAUUUAUACAUUGAUCUUUGUCAAUUAAAAUCAUUCAUAGAAUUAAAUCGUUUGGGUUUCACUAAGAUUACAAAAAAAGGUGACAAAGUUUUACAUUUAAACAUUAAAGACGAACUAAUACAAACUGAAGAAUUUUAUAAAGAUUCAUACAUUUUCCAAAGAGAAACAAUGAUUAAUUUAAGCGUAAGAAUUACUAAAUUAGUAGAAUUUUAUGCUAUCAUGACAAAUCAACAAUCAAAUAUUGCAAAUUGUAAAAAGGAAUUGAAAUUAUUGCUUCAUGAUCAUAUCGUAUGGGAAAGAAGUAAUACUUGGAAAGAUAUGUUGGGCUUAUUAUCUCAUAAAGAUAUUACCACCGAUUUGAAUGGAGUGGAUCCAAAUGCCGCUCUUACAGAAAGAUUAAAUUUGGAAUACUAUUACUUACCAUUACCCUUCACCGUGAAAUUGAAAUGGGUUGGUUCAUUUUCCUCUAUCCCAAUACCAAAAUUGUUUUUAACUUGGAAAGCUUUUAAAAUAGGGUUCAUUAUUACAGUCACAGGUAUACUAUUAGGUAUCAAAACUUUUAAUGAUCCAGUAGAACAUCGUUGUAUGGCAUUAGUGGAAUGUGUCGCCUUCCUAUGGGCAAGUGAAGCUAUUCCAUUACAUAUUACUGCAUUUUUGGUUCCUCUUUUGACAGUACUAUUCAGAGUUUUGAAAAAUGAUGAUGGGUCCGUUAUGAAAGCAACCACCGCCUCUUCAACAAUUUUUUCGUCAAUGUGGUCAUCCACUAUUAUGAUUUUAUUGGCAGGUUUUACAUUGGCAGAAGCUCUUUCACAAUAUAAUAUCGCUAAAGUUCUUGCAUCUUGGUUACUAGCAGCUGCGGGUACCAAACCAAGAAAUGUUCUUUUAAUGGCAAUGGGGGUUGUUUUCUUCCUUUCUAUGUGGAUUUCAAAUGUUGCUGCCCCAGUUUUAACUUAUUCAUUAUUGAAACCAAUUUUAGAUACCAUGGAUGCUUCAAAACCAUUUGCUCAGUCUUUAAUUCUUGGUGUUGCGUUGGCUGCUAAUAUUGGUGGUAUGUCAUCCCCAAUUUCAUCUCCACAAAAUAUUAUCUCAAUGGAAUAUUUAAAACCAUAUGGCAUCGGGUGGGGUCAAUUUUUUGCAGUAGCUUUACCUACAGGUAUUAUUUCUAUGUUAUUAGCAUGGGGUUUAAUUUGUUUAACUUUCAAAAUUAAUACUUCGAAAUUAACUAAAUUUAAACCAAUUAAAACAAGAUUUACUAUUAAACAAUAUUAUGUCAUUAUUGUUACUAUAGGUACCAUUUUAUUAUGGUGUGUGGAAGCUCAAAUUGAAGGAGCAUUUGGUUCUUCCGGUCAAAUUGCUAUUUUACCAAUUGUUUUGUUUUUCGCAACUGGUUUAUUAACUACUAAAGAUUUAAAUGCAUUCCCAUGGUCCAUUGUUAUUUUAGCCAUGGGUGGUAUUGCAUUGGGUAAAGCUGUUCAAUCAUCUGGUUUAUUGGCGACUAUUGCAAGAGCUCUACAGAGGAAAAUUGAAAAUGACGGUACCAUGGCUAUUUUAUGUAUUUUUGGUAUUUUAAUGCUAGUUGUUGGUACAUUUGUUUCUCAUACAGUCUCUGCUAUUAUUAUUAUUCCAUUAGUCCAAGAAGUCGGUGACAAACUAAGUAACAAAAAGGCAGCACCAGUAUUGGUAUUCGGUUGUACAUUAUUGGCAUCUGCUGGUAUGGGGUUGGCAUCUGCUGGGUUCCCAAAUAUUACUGCUGUUUCUAUGCUGGACAAUAAAGGUAAUAGAUAUUUGAACUCAAAUACGUUUUUAACGUAG